ACUGUGCUAGAGGACAGAAAGAGUGUGGAAAUUACCAAUUUAGAGCAUUCUUGUUUUCUUGUCUGGGCACUAUGACUUCACUCCAAGUGUGACUGCUUUGUAUCAGAUUGUUGGAACAUCCCAAGUAUAUUCAGAGACAGUGUAAGUGACCUGGAAUGCUGCAAAGGCAAUAGAAAUCAGAGAUAUCAACUCAAGUACUGAGUGAUGACGGAGGUACAUUUUAAGUACCAUGGGAAUCUCACUGGGAGGGCCCAUUUUCCCACUCUGGCCACUGAGGUGGACAACACUUCAGACAAGUACUCCAACCUGUACAUGUACGUGGGUUUAUUUCUGAGCCUCCUGGCCAUUCUCCUCAUCCUGCUCUUCACAAUGCUCCUUCGGCUCAAACAUGUCGUCUCGCCCAUCACCUCUGAAAGCAUAGAAAGUGCCCCACAGUUCACAGAUGUAGAGAUGCAGAGUAGAAUUCCCACUCCUUAA